AUGACCUUCGGGCGCAGCAGGGCGGCCUCGGUGGUGCUGAACGUGGGCGGCGCCCGGUACUCGCUGUCCCGGGAGCUGCUGAAGGACUUCCCGCUGCGCCGCGUGAGCCGGCUGCACGGCUGCCGCUCGGAGCGCGACGUGCUGGAGGUGUGCGACGACUACGACCGCGAGCGCAACGAGUACUUCUUCGACAGGCACUCCGAGGCCUUCGGCUUCAUCCUGCUCUACGUGCGCGGCCACGGCAAGCUGCGCUUUGCGCCUCGGAUGUGUGAGCUCUCCUUCUACAACGAGAUGAUCUACUGGGGCCUGGAGGGCGCGCACUUGGAAUAUUGCUGCCAGCGCCGCCUCGACGACCGCAUGUCCGACACCUACACCUUCUACUCGGCCGACGAGCAGGGCGCCUUGGGUCGCGACGAAGCGCGACCCGGCGGCGCCGAGGCGGCCUCCUCCAGGCGCUGGCUGGAACGCAUGCGGCGGACCUUCGAGGAGCCCACGUCGUCGCUGGCAGCGCAAAUCCUGGCCAGCGUGUCGGUGGUGUUCGUGAUCGUGUCCAUGGUGGUGCUGUGCGCCAGCACGCUGCCGGACUGGCGUGCCGCGGCCGCCGACAACCGCAGCCUGGAUGACCGGAGCAGGUACUCUGCCGGCCCUGGGAGGGAGCCCUCCGGAAUCAUUGAAGCUAUCUGCAUAGGUUGGUUCACUGCAGAGUGCGUCGUGAGGUUCAUCGUCUCCAAAAACAAGUGUGAGUUUGUCAAGAGACCCCUGAACAUCAUUGAUUUACUGGCAAUCACGCCGUAUUACAUCUCCGUGUUAAUGACGGUGUUUACAGGCGAGAACUCUCAACUCCAGAGGGCUGGAGUCACCUUGAGGGUGCUUAGAAUGAUGAGGAUUUUUUGGGUGAUUAAGCUUGCCCGUCACUUCAUUGGUCUUCAGACACUUGGUUUGACUCUCAAACGAUGUUACCGAGAGAUGGUUAUGUUACUUGUCUUCAUUUGCGUUGCCAUGGCAAUCUUUAGUGCACUUUCUCAGCUUCUUGAACAUGGGUUGGACCUGGAAACAUCCAACAAGGACUUCGCCAGCAUCCCUGCUGCCUGCUGGUGGGUGAUUAUCUCUAUGACUACAGUUGGCUAUGGAGAUAUGUAUCCUAUCACAGUGCCUGGAAGAAUUCUUGGAGGAGUUUGUGUUGUCAGUGGGAUUGUUCUAUUGGCAUUACCUAUCACUUUUAUCUACCAUAGCUUUGUACAAUGUUAUCAUGAGCUCAAGUUUAGAUCAGCCAGAUAUAGUAGGAGCCUGUCCGCUGAGUUCCUAAAUUAAUGCAUCGCAAAUCAACUCUUGCCUACACUCCAUUUGAUCAAAAGGGUUGACGCUACUUCAUAUUCAUGCAUUUCUUGCAGAGUGAGCACUGCAGUAGUACUGUCAUCAUCUUGGUAGGGUAAAAAUUAUUCUUCCCAGCUCAAGGGAUAAAACAGUUUAUUUAUCGUGGAGUAAAUAGCAUUGAGACUGCAAAGGAAAAGUAAUAACUCUUAUAGUAAGUUUUAGGACCUUAUUUCCUUUAGACUCAUCUCCCCCUUGCCUUGAACAACUGCACUUCUUUGUUUUCUUAAAGCACAUUAUUUGAAAAUCAAAAGGUACUAUGUUCCAAAUGUUUUCCAACUUACGAAAUUAGAAGAAGCUUAGACCUUAACAGGGUUGUUCUUUUGUUGGAGAGUAACAUGUUCAUUUCUGAAUGCUUUAUCAUCUCUCACAUCAAAGUCGGAAGUAUCCAAAAACAUAUGCCACGUGCAGGAAGUGUUUCACAAAUACUUUUUACAAUUGGCCAGAUUUUCAGCUGGAGAUGGAGCUAGACACAAGCAAGAAUAAUAUUUGAAAAACGUUUCCAGGACACUUCUCAAUUCUCUGAUUAAUUUCUGCUCCCUAAUAUUCACCUGGUGGCACAGCUUCAUGGAAGCCUGAGUGUGUCCUCCCUUUUCUAUUUUAGAUUUCUCUUAUCUCUUCCUGGAAACGACUUAAAAAAGUACUUAGGAACAGAGAGAACUCGUGCUGUUUUGCAUUUUAUUGGCUAAUAUUUGAAUUCAUUGCUGCGAUUGUCCUAACGUUCAGAUGUCCUAACUAGAAUGUUUUCAACAUAAAAAAACGAUGUAGAAAGAAUGUGAUCUUGUUCAGUAUUACCACCCAUAUUUAUGAGUUGUUCUGCUCUUAAUUUUUUUUCCUUCUCAAACACUGUAUGUUUCAUAAGACUUACCAGAUGAAAGAAUGUUUUAUGCCGCCUUUUUAUACAAAGGUUCUACUUAGGUGUCGUCGCUGGAUUAUCAUAAAAAAGGAAAUUAAAUAUUUCCGUACUUUUGGUUGUAGCACAGCUAAGCCAAUUUUAAGCCAGCUGAAAGCAAUGAAUACAUAACUUUUUUGAUCCGAUUUUCAUCAUUGUGAAUCACAGCUACAAUGAAACUUCUUGUAAGGAUACUGACUAAUAUGCUAUAUUAAUUUGGCCAAAUUAAUUUUUUUUAAUAGGCUUAGAUAAUGUAAAAACUGAUCAUUGUUCAGUGCUAAAUUUUAGUAAUAUAAAUUAGAAUUUUACUUUUCCCAUCCGUUGUUGUAGCCGGUGUACAAACACAAAAAAUUAAAGUCAUAGGUUCAUGAAUAAUUUAAAGAUGCGCACUGUAAGAUAUAAAACUGAACAACAACAACAAAAAGAACCAAAAUGGUUUACUUAGUUGGGGAGGUAGGGAAGGGAGGCAGGGAGCCAGAGGCUAGGAUAUGGGGCCUGGGUAUAUUUAUCAAAGAAAGGGUUACCAGAAGUGUUGUUUAAAGGAACAUGAGCCAUCAUCUAGUUCAAACCUCGACUGUCACGGUAGAAAACGAGGGUAAGAGAGAGAUUGUGAAGGAAUUGGGGCUACAACCUGGAACCUGGCCCAGCAGCUUGUUCUUGACACAUCUCUGGGUUUCGGAAAGCCCUGAGAAGCCACACUUCUUUGCCAUGGCCAUUGCUUGGGUAAUUACAAAAUUGUUUCCUUUUCCGUAAUUUCAUUUCCUGAAUCUAUGUGAUAUUCUGGCCAGUAAAGAUUUCACCUCGUCUUCCCUACUGAUGCCCACUAGUAUGCUACUUUUUACAGGCUCAAAAUAAAUUCUCUUAUUUCUGGUUAUUCUUACUGUAUUUUCAUACAAUUGAAAUAAAUAGCAUGGAUUUAUUUUUUCUUAAUUAUUUGAAUUAAGGCUUUGUGAUUGAUGCAAAUAAUAUGCAGAUGGUCACAUCUCCAUAUUACUGAUGAAAAUAUGAUAAACUUUCCAUGUUACUGGCACUGGGAACUCUUCAUGUGAAUAUGUCUUAUCCGUCCAAGUAAAUUAUAACUGCCUUGAGGACUGGGACCCUCUCUCAUGCACACAUCUUCAUAUCCCCUUAGGGUAUGUUAUAGUCUUGGGCACGAACUAUGGGCUGAUUUGAAGAGAAAAGCUUUUAUGUGAAGAGGAAAGGAGAAGCAUACACAUAUAUGCGUACCUGGCUAGCCAUACAUGUGAAUGUACACACAGACUUUGAGGCUGCCCCUUACGUAACAAGUGAAAAAUCUUUUAUUGGUGAUGUCAGCCUUUUUGUAGGCCCGGUUUUCAUAAUGGAGGAUGAUGGGUAUAUGUUAAUGGCAGUUCAGUCUCUCAUUUACUGAGGAUGAUGAUGGGACAUGAUAGCGUAAUUCAUUCAUGAGUUAAAAACACAUAUCAAAACUCUGCCCUCUUGGAUGUUGUCUUUUUUUAGGCGUUUUCUUGUAAUUUUCCCUGAACGUCGCUGCCUUAAAGGAAAAAAUCAGUAACACUCCUUUCUUAUUUGCAUUUUUGGAUAUUUCUCAUAACUCAGUUUCCAUGGCAGAAAUGCUUUCAUUAGGAUCUAUAUUAGUAGCCAUAGGUCAGAUAUUAUCCUAAAUUAGAAUGUCCAAAGAUGGAAGAGGAAACCCAAAUCUUUGUUCGGAUUUUCUAGUCCUGCGCUUACGUGACUUGGUCUUACAUGUAACUUGUUUUUUAUCUUCUAAAAUGGUGUUUUCCAUGAUUAAAGAAAACUAGGGAAUGUAUUUGAAAGUGGACAUACUAUAAUAUUCAAGGUCCUACUUUUUCUUUUAUUGCUGUGUUAUCAUGGUUGAAACAAUUGCAUUCGCUUUGCUCUUGGGUUUAGCAGUUACUUAUAAUCAUACAUUUGUAAAUUUCUUAAAUUCUUAAAAACGUAGAAAUAGAGUCUUUCGCAGUGGCUGUCAGCAAGUCAAAAUACUAUUUCCUCUUUUUAAACUUUUGUUCCUAUAUCUUGUCUAGGUGUCCUGUGAUCUGGGAGGGGUGGACGUGGGGCUAAGAUGAGUGUUGGUUUGGGGAGAAUUUUCUUUGUUACCUUGAUAUUUUCUUAUUAUUGUCAUCUGCCAUCAAGGCAGUUCUGACUCACAACGACCUUAUGUAUAACAGAAUGAAACUUUGCCCGGUCCUGCACCUUCCUUGUGAUCCUUGCUAUGUUUGAGUUCAUUGGGUGGUUAUUGUGUCAAUCUAUCUCAUUGAGGUUCUCCGUGUUUUCGCUGAGCCUCUACUUUACCAAUCUUAUGUCCUUUCCUAGGGUUGUUUUUUCCUGAUAACCUGUCCAAAGUAAACAAGCUGAAGUCUUGCUACCCUUGCUUUUAAGGAGCAUUCUGGCUGUAUUUCUUCUAAGACUGAUUUUGACAUUUUCUAAAAGCGGUUUAUUUUUCCUCUUUUUCUAUAGAAAUGAAAAAUAGAAAGUCAAAAACUCCCUAUAGGACAGAGUAGAACUACCCCAUAGGGUUUCCAAGGAGUGCCUGGUGGAUUCAAACUGCUGACGUUGUACUUAGCAGCCACAGCUCUUAACCACUACGCCACCAGGGUUUCCAGUUUAGUACUAAGCUUCUAUAAUGCCACACUUAACACAGAAUGUUUCCAGAGCCCUCUGGCCCUCUGUAAAUGUGUAUUCACUCAUGGGAUAGAAAGUACAAUCCAAUUAAACAUGGUCUUAGAUAUUUUAUCCACCAGGCAGUCCUUGGAAACCCUAUGGGACAGUUCUACUCUGUCCUAUAUGGUCACUAGGAGUUGGAAACAACUCAGUGGCAACAAGAUUUUUUUUUAGAUGUUUUAUAGGUUGUAGGAAAAUAGAACCAAAGGGGCCCUGGAGAAACUUCGGGUCUACCUUGCCUGAGCCUCUUAUCCCAUUCCUCACACAAAUGUUAGCAAUGGGGGAACUGUGCCCUCAAUGGAUUGAGCUUUAGCUGUGGUCACCCAUAGGGAGGUCAGCUUGUCCUGGUUUCCCUGGAACUUUCCCGGUUUUAGAACUGGAAGUUCCCCAUCCCAGGAAAUCCCGCAGUCUUAGACUUUGAUUCAGUACUCAUUGGACAUGCUUCCUCUUUUUAUUUCGUAACAUCAGAAGGCAUGAAGAAUUUCUUUUAAACAUAUUUUCUUUGGGGCUUUGGAGCCCUUAUAUCUUUAGGUCAAAUAAAAAGCAAACGUUGCUUUUAGAAGCUUUAGAUGUGUCAGGAAGGAGGAUUGGGGACUAGUAUAUAGGGAAUUCAUAUUUUUAAGAGAGUUUUAAAUUGCAAAACUUCACAGCUGUGCACCCAUUCAUAUAUAUCCAAGGAAGUGCAGAUAUUUCAUAGUUCUCAUUGCAUUAUUUAGAAGGGUCAGGCUGAGAAGUGUCGUAGAUGAAUAGGAAGUAACCUGGGUUGACGCUUUAAUGGAAUGCUCUGGAGAAGUUCAAUUUUGGCCAGGGAAGGUCACACACACUUCUCUGUCUAUUCAGCGUGCCCUCAUACGGUGUUGUGCUUCCUGCCUUGCCAGAGUCCAUCUGGACUCAAAGGACUGGGCAUAUCUGCUCUGCCCCUGAAUGAAAGCUCAUCGUUUUCUGCCCCUUUUGCUGUAGAGCCUUCCAUAGAGUUGUGAAGAGUCCUCCACAAGCAUGAUUAUAUUGUUCCAUUCUGUGAUUAACUUGUUUUUCUAUUAACAGUUCUCCCCUUAAGCCUAAACCUUCAGAUUUUUUUCAAUCCUCCCAGACUUUUCCGAUAAACACUUGUACUUUUGAUCAUGGCUGUUGUUGGUAAUUGCCUUUGAGUUGGCAACAGAGUGUAUACGAACGAUGAAAUGUUGUCAUAGGGAUGAAAUGUUACCAGGUCCUGCGUCGUUUUCAGGAUUGUAGACUAAGAUCGUAGACUAAGACUAAGACAGACAAGGAAGAAAGCCCUGAUGAUCUGCUUCUGAAAAUUAGCCAGUGAGCACCCAAUGAAUUGGAGAGUAUUGCCUGAUACAACGCUGGAAGAUAAGCUCCCUAAGUUGGAAGGGCUUUGAUCAUUAGCUGAACGUUGUCAGUUUACUAUUACUUGUUUAGGGAAUUGAAUGCAAUAAUCUACAUUUCUGCUGAUAAUUUAAUAUAAAUCUGUAACUAUAUCAAAGACUCCCACAAUAGCAUUAGUGGGAGUCCUGGAUUUAUAUUUUAAAAGACCAACAAGACUUUACUAAGUAGAGUGAAAACAUAAAUGACUUUUAGUGGGUGAAAGCCAAAGGGAAUAAAUAUUUAACCUUCACCUACCAGGAGGAGUAAGUGACUCUACAUCAUUUCUAUUUGAGGCAAUGUUCUGGUAUAAUGAUUUAUAAAGCAAUAUAUUAAAAAAAAAAAACUUUCCGUAACUUUGUAUUAGGUAGGUUUUUGUUUUUUCUUUCUGGACUUAAGAUAUUUCAAUUGUUUUGAAAUAAUUCUGCCUAUGACAGAGUGGAAACCCUGGUGGAGUAGUGGUUAAGAGCUACAGCUGUUAACCAGUCUGAAUCCACCAUGCACUGCUUGGAAACCCUAUGGGGCAGUUCUGCUCUGUCCUAUAGGGUCUCUGUGAGUCGGAAUCCACUUGAUGGCAACAGGUUUGGUUUGUUUUUUUUUUAAAAAAAAAAAAACAGAGUGGAGGUCAUUUGUAGUGUCUGUUGUUAUAAAGUGUUUUUGUUUUUUUAUUUAUUGUUGUUUUAGAAAGGAAACACACGUGAAGGCAAAUGGUGUUUUUACUAUAUUCAAUGAUUUGAUAAACUUCCAUAUUGCUUUUUAACUGCACGUUGAUUUCACCACACUGAUAGAAUUCCAUGCUUUCUUUCUACAGCAAUACAGAGGGUGGGAGAAUUUGUCUUCCUUAGUGGACAGCAGUGUUUGCAGGUACAAAUUCUGAACUCAGAUACAAGAGAAACAUUUAUUUUUAGCUAUAUGUAUAUAUUAUAUAUAAUUUAAAAAUAAUCAUAACCACCCUUUCAUAUGAAAUACUUGGGAGUAAAAUACAAAAUCAUAAAGUCAGCGUAAGGCUUAGCAUUCGGGUCCAUAUGAAGGCUGUUUAUUUGGAGUUACCAGGACAGAAGUGGAAAGUUUGGAUUUCUUGUUUUGAGAUACACUGCUUAACCUCUUUUUUUUUUUUUUUCAUUUUACUGUAAAAAUAGAUACAACAAAACAUUUGCCAGUACAACCUUUUGUCCAUGUAUAAUUUAGUGAUAUUGAUUACAUUCAUCGUGUUAUACAAUCAUUACCGCUGUCCUUUUCCAAAUUAUUCCACCACCAUUAACAGAAACUCAGUGCCCCCUAAGCAAGGGUUUCCCCCUC